GCGCAGAGAGAGGCGGGCGGGUGGGCUGGCGGACGCCGGACGCGUCGGAGCCGCGGGCGGUCAGGAGGAUCUGACCCUCUGGAACAUGCACACUAGGCUCUGCAGUUCUGGGCUGUGCCAGUGGAUCCUUUAAAGGAAGAGCCAUGGCCGCUGCAGCAGCUUCUCACCUGAACCUGGAUGCCCUCCGGGAAGUGCUGGAAUGCCCUAUCUGCAUGGAGUCCUUCACAGAGGAGCAGCUGCGGCCCAAGCUCCUGCACUGUGGCCAUACCAUCUGUCGCCAGUGCCUGGAGAAGCUGCUAGCCAGUAGCAUCAAUGGUGUCCGCUGUCCCUUCUGCAGCAAGAUCACCCGCAUAACCAGCCUGACCCAGCUGACAGACAACCUGACGGUGCUGAAGAUCAUUGACACAGCUGGGCUCAGCGAGGCCGUGGGUCUGCUCAUGUGCCGGGCCUGUGGGCGGCGGCUCCCCCGGCAGUUCUGCCGGAGCUGUGGCGUGGUGUUAUGUGAGCCCUGCCGGGAGGCGGACCACCAGCCCCCUGGCCACUGCACCCUCCUCGUCAAAGAGGCGGCUGAGGAGCGGCGCCAGGACUUCGGAGAGAAGUUGGCCCGCCUGCGGGAGCUUACGGGGGAGCUGCAGCGGCGGAAGGUGGCCUUGGAAGGCGUGUCCAAGGACCUCCAGGCAAGGUAUAAGGCAGUUCUCCAGGAGUACGGGCAUGAGGAGCGCCGGGUCCAGGAGGAGCUGGCUCGCUCGCGGAGGUUCUUCACAGGCUCGUUGGCGGAGGUCGAGAAGUCCAAUGGUCAGGUGAUAGAGGAGCAGAGCUACCUGCUUAACAUUGCGGAGGUGCAGGCCGUGUCUCGCUGUGACUACUUCCUGGCCAAGAUCAAGCAGGCAGAUGUAGCCCUGCUGGAGGAGACAGCUGAUGAGGAGGAGCCGGAGCUCACCGCCAGCCUGCCACGGGAGCUGACCCUACAGGACGUGGAGCUCCUUAAGGUCGGCCAUGUCGGUCCCCUCCAAAUUGGGCAGGCUGUCAAGAAGCCCCGGACGGUCAACGUGGAAGAUUCCUGGGACGUGGAGGCUGCAGCCUCAGCUGCCUCUACCUCUGUUACUUUUAGAGAGAUGGACCUGAGCCCUGAGGAAGUGGUCGCCAGCCCUAAGGCCUCUCCAGCUAAGCUGCGGGGCUCUGACAUGGCUGCCAACAUCCAGCAGUGUCUCUUUCUUAAGAAGAUGGGGGCCAAAGGCAGCACGCCAGGCAUGUUCAACCUUCCUGUCAGUCUCUAUGUGACCAGUCAAGGCGAGGUCCUGGUUGCUGACCGUGGCAACUACCGUAUACAAGUCUUCACGCGCAAAGGCUUUCUGAAGGAGAUCCGUCGCAGCCCCAGUGGCAUUGAUAGCUUUGUGCUGAGCUUCCUUGGGGCUGAUCUGCCCAACCUCACUCCCCUCUCAGUGGCCAUGAACUGCCACGGGCUGAUUGGAGUGACUGACAGCUAUGACAACUCCCUCAAGGUAUACACCUUGGAUGGCCACUGCGUGGCCUGUCACAGGAGCCAGCUCAGCAAACCCUGGGGCAUCACAGCCCUUCCAUCUGGCCAGUUCGUGGUGACUGAUGUGGAAGGCGGGAAGCUCUGGUGCUUCACCGUUGACCGAGGGGCAGGGGUGGUCAAAUACAGCUGCCUCUGUAGUGCCGUGCGGCCCAAGUUUGUCACCUGUGAUGCUGAGGGCACUGUCUACUUCACCCAGGGCUUGGGCCUUAAUCUGGAGAAUCGGCAGAAUGAGCACCACCUGGAGGGGGGCUUCUCCAUUGGCUCUGUGGGCCCUGAUGGGCAGCUGGGUCGCCAGAUUAGCCACUUCUUCUCCGAGAACGAGGACUUCCGCUGCAUCGCUGGCAUGUGUGUGGACGCCCGUGGUGAUCUCAUCGUGGCCGAUAGCAGUCGCAAGGAAAUUCUCCACUUCCCUAAGGGUGGGGGCUACAGUGUCCUCAUUCGAGAGGGGCUUACCUGUCCAGUGGGCAUCGCCCUCACUCCUAAGGGGCAGCUGCUGGUCUUGGACUGUUGGGAUCAUUGCAUCAAGAUUUACAGCUAUCAUCUGAGACGAUAUUCUACUCCUUAGGGGGUGAGGAGAUCAGUUUCUGCUUCUCAGCCAGUUUCUCUUUUCCUUACUCCUUGGUAGUUGGCAGUAGUGUAGCAUAGACUUGGCUUAUGUCCUCAUUGCAGCUGGCUAGUCGUGGAAUUUUUGAUGCCCUGUCUUUAGUGUUUCUUAUUUGCAUUAUUUCCCCUGCUAAAUUUAGAGCCAAGUAGGACACGUGCUGUGGGGUUAGCUGAACUUUGGUUAGAACUUAGGCACUUCCAGGCUUCAGCAGAGAGCCUUCUGCCCCUGUAUUUGAAAUUUGCCUUUGUUGAUUCUCCUCUUUUGACUCUGAUAAUCCUUGUCCAUUAUUUCCUUCCUGUUAGAAUAUUCAUCAUGUGUGGCACUUUCUCCUCAACUCUGCUGCAUUUAGUCUGCAUGCUCCAGGGGGAUCUCCUCCCCCUCCUGGUGAUAUUUCAGAUAUCGUAUCCCGGUGGCAUGAUGUCCCGACCCUGGUCACCUUUACCAGUGUGAAAGCUCAUUCAUUGCCACCAAAGGAGAUAAACAAUCCCUUUGAGAGGCAUUGCCUCUUGGCUCUAGAGGUUUUGUGCCAGUGACAGAAUGGAUUGAUCCUGGUUGGUUGGUCAAGGACUUUAGCCUAGGAUUGCUUGCCUUUGAAAGGACCAUAUGGAUUGGAAUUAUGCCAACGUGUAGGAAGAUGGGAAUAAACAAAUGAAAUGCUAAUACAGUCAGUAAACACCCCUGGAUAGUCUCUACAGCUCACUGUUUUUCAUACUCACUCUCUCCACUGACCUGUGCUAGCAGUUGCCUGUGGAAUUGUACCACACAGGCCAAGGCCAGCGAAGUGGAGGGUGGGGAGACAAAUCCCAUUCAUGACUAAAAACAGACUUCCGGGUCUUUACUCUGUUAUUUUCCCCAGGUGAUUGCAUAACAUUUGGUUUCAAGAUAUUUCCAUUCCUCUAUCAAGUAUUAAAUAAUUGAUAACUGUUCUUCA